AUGGCUAAGCACACAACGGCCUACAAUAGGCUGGUAACUGUUGCUGUCGCUUUCGGGUCUCUUACCUACGGCUACUGCUCUUCUGUCAUUGGCAGCACGAUCGGACAGCCAGGAUGGUACAACUUCUUUGACCUGCCCAUGCAGGGCGAACCGGGCUACGGUACUACGACGACACAAGCCAUCUCGACAGCGAACGGCAUAUACAGCGCAGGCGGCGCAAUCGGUACACUGUUUAUCAUGUGGGCUGCGACCGCACUUGGUAGAAAGAGGUCGAUUCAGAUCGGAGGUGCCUUUGCGUUGCUAGGAGGAGCCCUACAGGGAGGAGCAGCCAACUUGGGCAUGUUCCAAGCCGGAAGAAUCUUGGCAGGCAUUGGUAUCGGUAUCCUCGUCACAGUCUGUCCGAUGUACAUGGGCGAGCUUGCACCACACGACAAAAGAGGCUGGCUGGUGGGACACCACGCCAUCUUUCUCGUCUUUGGAUACAUGCUUUCCGGCUGGCUUGGCUAUGCAUGCUACUUCACCACCGAAAGCAUGCCAGAUUUUGCCUGGAGGUUUCCCUUGUGCAUGCAGUGUCUGGCGCCCUUAGUAUUGCUCAUAACCUCUGCCUGGAUCCCUGAAUCCCCACGCUGGCUGCUGCAGAAAGGGCGUGUUGAGGAUGCAUGGAAGGUUAUACGCAAUCUGCGAGCGUCGCCAGAAGACCCUGAUGAGCAGGUCGCUCGGGAAGAAAUUUAUCAGAUCAAAGAGCAGCUGGCGUUGGAUACUGCGAAACUUGAGACUCUUGGUUGCGGACCUUGGUUGGCUGUGUUCAAGAAGAAGAGCUAUCGUAAGCGCAUGGCGAUCGGUUUCCUUACUCAAUGGGGUGCCGAAUUCGCUGGCCCUCUUAUUAUUAACAACUAUUCGGUCAUUCUUUACACCAAUCUCGGCCAGACUGGAUCCAUGCCACUCCUACUUUCCGCCCUGUGGCUUACCACUGCCGGCAUCAUCUACAACCCACUGGGCGCCUGGCUCCAUGACAAGGUCAACUCGCGUCGCUGGAUGUUCAUGGCUGGUCUUUUUGGCUGUCUGAUUACUACCAGUGGCCUUGCUGCCUGUAUUGCCGAGUUCUCAGGGACCUCGAAUAAGGCCGGCAACGCAGCUGGUGUCUUCUUCGUUUUUCUCUAUCUAGCAUUCCAAGGCACCCUCUGCGAUACAACCAUGUAUAUCUACGUGUCAGAAAUCUUCCCAACCGAGAUUCGUCCCAUUGGUAUGGGCUUCUCUCUGUUCGGUCAAUUUGCAAGCACCCUCAUUUUGCUUCAGACGGCGCCAAUUGGAUUUGUCAACGUUGGGUGGAAGUACUACCUGGUCAUCAUCGUUUGGUGUAUCUUCUUCAUUCCAAUCGUCUACUUUUAUUUCCCCGAGACGGCCAAUCUGUCUCUUGAGGAGAUCUCGGCCCGAUUCGGCGAUGAUGUCGCUGUUCAUGUCCACGAUGUUCCGGAGGAGCAGCGCAAGGAACUUGAUAACUAUCUCACGAAGGUGGAUGUUGCACACAUGGAAGAGUCUGGACCGAAGAGCAAGGCAGGAGCCUGA